AAUAAUGGAACAAGAUGGCGGGAAAACGUCAUCAAAAAGCGACCUAACGGGCUGUACUUUUCAUACUAUUAUUUUCCCUACCCGUACUUGUACAAACCCCGCCUCUCUGUGUUGGGAUUGGCCAGUAAAUUCACACUUCCUACAUGAGUAGCCAAUUCUAACGCAGGAGGCUUUAUUUUUUUCGAAUACGGGUGGGUAAAUAACGCGUGCUGGGUGGGUUUUUGCUUGGUCGAGACAAGACGGAGAUUUUUUGCGUGAUUAUUUUUGUUUAGGUUUAAAAGCUCGGCUGAUGGACAGUGAAGUUCAGAGGGACGGCAGAGUGCUGGAUCUGACCGAUGACGCGUGGAGGGAGGACCGGCUACCUUACGAAGAUGUAACGAUCCCUCAGAGUGAACUUCCAGAGGCUGAACAGGAUAACGGAGGAUCCACCGAGUCGGUCAAAGAGCAAGAAAUGAAGUGGUCUGACUUGGCCUUGCAAAGUUUGCAUGAAAAUACUCCAAGCACUGGGACAUAACUGAUUUAUUUCAUAAGUUAGGUUGAAUGCAAGUUGUUGAGAUAUAUAAUCUAUAAUUUAACCUAAUAAAACAAAAUGUGUGUCUGGCUGUUCAUACACUUACUGUUUUCCAAAUAAAACUUAGAUAUGUAAAUAGCAAA